AUGAAUGAAUUUUUUAGUAUGGACAAUUUUGCAAGUAGCUCAAUAGGACAUUAUCUGAAAAAUAUCUAUACUUUACCUAAAAAAUAUAAUGAUGAUAUCAGUAAUUUUAUGUUAUUUAACGACAAUGAGGGUGUUGGAUUAAGCGGAGAAAGUGAUAAUGAAAAUGAAUUAUCAUAA